AUGGAAACCACCACGCGCCCGGUUCUGAGGUCUCUUGGCGCCCACGGCGCAAUCCAAGGCCAGACGAUCUCUACCAACGCCUCACAGGAGCUAUGCCACUACUUCGGCGGCGUCCGCUACGCUCUUCCACCCUUACAGCGCUGGCGACGCGCCCGACGACUCCCCGCAUCAUUUAGUUACGGCACGCCGCAAGCCCCGGGGCGAUGCGAUAAGGGCGCCGGUCUCUGCCCGCAGCCGGGAUUUCUCAGUCUUGCGCCAGAAAAUCCGGACGCCUGGGAUGAGGAUUGCUUCCAGAAUAAUGUUUGGGUGCCAACAGGUCAACCGCCGAAAGAAGGAUGGCCCGUUUUCGUUUUUAUUCAUGGCGGUUGGCUUCAAUUCGGCUCACCCAAUGGGUUCAAUGCUGCCGCGCUUCUUGGUGAGACAGAUUUCAAGGCCGUGAUCGUCAUGCCUGCCUACCGCGUGAAUCUGUUUGGAUUCCUAUACUCCGCCGAAUUGGAGCAGGAUGCGGCGGCUGUUGGCGAGACGGUUGGCAACCACGGUUUCUGGGACCAGAGGUUGGCACUGGAGUGGACGAAGGAAUACGUUCACCUCUUUGGUGGUAAUCCGGAUAAUAUCACGAUCUCGGGCUACUCUGCAGGCGCGAAUUCCACCUUCCACCAACUAGCCUAUGAUCUCCGUCAACCAGAUCAUCAAAGCAUCGUCCGACAGGCUAUCAUGUUUUCCAAUUCUCCAGCUGUGCAGCCCAAGAGCCCGGCUGAAACACAGAACCAGUUCAACCAGCUCCUCAAGGCACUAAAUAUCCCGCAAACUCUAAGCGGACCCGAGAAACUCGCCCGACUUCGCGCCCUCCCACCCAAAGCCCUCCUCGACGCCGGGAAAACGAUCGACGUCCAUCAAUUCCGCCCCACAACUGAUGGUGGCUUCAUCUUGCCUUCACUCUUCACAUCUUUAGACAGCGGAGACUUUGCCGCUAAGCUCGUGGCCCGGAAUGUCCGCCUUAUGCUCGGCGAAUGCGGCGAUGAACAGCACCUCUACGCUACCUGGUUCCCACCCAAGGAUAAUACCCUCUCUGCUCUACGCACCCGGCUUAUUGCCGAUUACCCGGAGCACAUCGUCGACACUGUCCUCCCGCUUCAUUAUCCAAAUGGCCAACUACCUGCAGGCACCGUAAACUGGGACCAAGAUGCAUGGGGCAAGAUAUAUGCCGAUAUGCAAGUUUACGAGAUGCAGCGUGGACUCAUCUACGCUCUCACAUCCAACACUGCGGGCGUCGACGCAAGCCACCUGAUCUAUAGAUACCGGAUUGAGUUUCGGGCCUCAUGCAUGAAUGCCAAGAUGCCCGCUGAAUGGGGCGUCACGCAUUCAUCGGACUACCCGCUCUGGUUCUGGGGUAACGGUGAUGUGUUGACUGAUUCUGAGAAGACGUCGACUCACGCCGCGUUCAUCGGGCCCUUGGCGAAGUUUGUACAGUAUCCGAGGAAGAAUUUCGGUUGGGGGACUAGUGGGUUUGGAGUGCGGACCAUGAAGCCUGAUGGAAGUGUUGCGAUUUCGAAAGACGCACGCUGGAAGGAGGGUGUCAAGGUUUGGAAGGCUCUUCGAGCGGCGGAUUCGGGGAAGACGAGGUCAAAGUUGUAG